GGGCUGACUCUGUCAUUCAGCGCUUCACUGAGCCAUGCCCAGUUGGAGCCGACACCAGCCACAUCUUCCCAGCUGCGCUGCCCACCACCAGACAGAGCGCCUUAACCCGCAGCCUCUCUGACCAUCCACUUGGCAAAGACCCGCAGGCCAUGAGGACCGGUCAACGGCAGAACAAAGGUAUGAGGACUCGACUGGGGUGCCUGUCACACAAAUCGGACUCUUGUAGCGACUUCACGGCCAUUCUUCCCGACAAACCCAACCGUGCGCUCAAGAGACUCUCCACAGAAGAAGCGACGAGGUGGGCAGAUUCCUUCGAUGUCCUCCUCUCUCAUAAGUAUGGGGUGGCGGCCUUCCGUGCCUUCUUGAAGACGGAGUUCAGCGAGGAGAACCUGGAGUUCUGGCUGGCCUGCGAGGAGUUCAAGAAGACCAGGUCGACUGCAAAGCUGGUCUCCAAGGCCCACAGGAUCUUUGAGGAGUUCGUGGAUGUGCAGGCCCCACGGGAGGUGAAUAUCGAUUUCCAGACCCGAGAAGCGACGAGGAAGAACAUGCAGGAACCAUCCCUGACUUGUUUUGACCAAGCGCAGGGCAAAGUACACAGUCUCAUGGAGAAAGACUCUUACCCCAGGUUUCUGAGGUCCAAAAUGUACUUAGAUCUGCUGUCCCAAAGCCAGAGAAGGCUCAGUUAGACCUCAGAUGGGGACUCUUGGGAGUUGUUGGCUUUCCCUUCCCCUUGCUGCCAAGACCAUAUUCUAAUGUGAAACGCCCUAAGUGUUCAAAGGCGCUGGGGCUUGAGGUGGGAGGCUGGGGGUGACCAGGGAAUGAAGGGCUGUUCCAAAGUAUGACCCAGCUUCUGGAGCUGGGACGCUCUUCCAUUUACCCAGAUUUAUGUUUUGGUUAGAGGUAGCAGCGCUGCUGACAUCCAUCUCUGGGUGGGCCAGUACCUGGCCCUUCAUACGCCUUCCUUCCGUCAUCUCCACUGAGAAGGCAGAUUCACUGUGCCGGGCUAUUUGUAAAUAAUGCAAACGCAGUUCCCAUCACCUCCACACCAUGCCCUCUCCAGCAGGAUUCCUGAUCUUCAUCUGGUCCUCUACCCAAGGGAGGAGUAGCUAGAAGACUCAGGUUCUCACCUGGGAUUUGCGAUCACGAACCGGUGGUCCAACCUGAGUAACUGGACCUCACAGUUUAGAAGAGAGGUCUCUUGGAAAUUUCAGAUUCCUAGCACCAUUGACAGGUGACCUCUGACAAAGGACGUAUUCCCUGGAGUUGACGGUGUCUUCCAUCUCCACAGGACCACUAUGGGAGGAGUCUGGGGUCCCUGCUUAGCCUAAGGAAUUCAAUGAACUUCCCUACACUUGCAGCUCUAGAGAGGGUCUUGGGAGACUCCCCCCCCCAUGACUUCUGAGUGGAGCUGUUUGAAAGAGAGACCUCGAGAAUCUUCCCCAAUUUAUCGAGAACUUUUCUAGACGUGGAGUGACCAGGGAAUGUAGCAUCGGUGAACUUCUGUGCAAUGAGCCUCUGUAGAACCUGUCUGUUGCCUAACGCGUUCUGUGCCCUCACCUCCCCAUGGCGUCACCCGUCCCUGAUCUCUAGGCCGAAAGGCAGUUUGGCGAAGGGAGGUGAAUUCCCACAGCAUGACAACCUUCCUAGUGCUCUCCUGCCAUGCCACCUCCUCCUUCCAUGCAGGCCAUGUGAGCACAAUGGGGGAGCACGGGAUCCUAGGCUGCUACUCCCCUUGCAGCUGGUUUCCUGAGCACACUUCCUUAGAAAGGGUCCACUCUUGGCUAUUGAGAAGUAGCUGCCUUCUUGGUCUCUGGCUUCUGGGACUAAACACGAACUGGGAAGAUCACUGUGAAUACCAGGCUGUGGAAAUGUUCCUACAAGGCUUGUGUGGUACCCUGGGGUAUCUUGGAAAUGUACCUGGAUACACUUUCUUGGAAGAGCCAGGAGCAGCAUGGAAUCUCUGUGGUUAUCCAGGAGAAAUCGGACCAGGAAACAGAAGACGAACCUGGAAGCUGCUGGUCUCUGGGUGGACUGGAUCACAGAAAAUGUGGCAGAGGCACUUGGGAUAAUCCACAGCUAAUCAACGUGGGUUCACGGAAGAACCACAAACUUUUCAGCUUGAGCGAUUGAAAUAAUCCAUAGCCAGGCUGCCCUGGAUAGCAGGUGGAGGAAGGCUGGGCUGACACUCUGCUUUUGUGGGAGCCUAGCCCUUCUGGGAUAUUCUAGGGUUUGAAUUCUGGUCUUGGAGAAUCAGUUCCUUCCUUGGUUGGAGUGGACAAGGCUAAGAAGGCCCUUGAGUCCCAUCGCGUUAGUGCCAACUGCCCUCCGAGUGGCACAGU